AUGUAUCGGCAGGUGCGGGUGCAUCCGAGCGAUACACCGUACCAGCGAAUCUUCUGGAGGAAGGACCCGAACGAGCGCUUGCGAGUGCUUGAGCUGAACACCGUUACCUACGGAACGGCAAGCGCCCCGUUCCUCGCAACGCGGUGUCUGGUGGAGCAGGCGGAGUCGGCGAAAGGCCGGUUCCCAGCAGCCGCCAAGAUCGUGAUCGAGGACAUGUAUGUCGACGACAUGCUGUCCGGCGCCAGCAACGAGAAGGAAGCAGUGAAACUUGUGCUGGAAGUGAAGAAAAUCCUGGAAGAGGGAGGUUUCCCAGUGAAGAAGUUGUGCUCUAACUCAGAGCAAGUGCUAAAGUGUGUGCCUGAAGAAGAUCGGGAGAAGCCGAAACCGAUCGAAGAAUAUAGUGCGAACGAAGCCAUCAAGGCUCUGGGUGUCCUGUGGGACCCACGCGAGGAUGAGUUUCGUUUUGUGAACUGUUUGGAAGAGUGCGACGACAAACCCGUCUCGAAGACGAAAGUGCUUUCGGACAUCCUGAAAGUGUUUGACCCACUUGGCUUCGUAGCCCCAGUCAUCGUGCUGGCCAAAGUGUUCAUGCAGAAGUUGUGGGCCAGCAAGAUGAACUGGGCUACCGAACUAAACGAAGAGCUUCUGUGUGAGUGGUUCGAGAUUCGAGAGUCUCUAACAGCGCUGAACGAUAUUCGUGUGCCGCGAUGCGUCGUGGUGCCCAACACGGUUCUGUACGAGCUGCACGGGUUCGCUGACGCGUCGACCGUUGCCUACGGGGCCAACGUCUAUCUGCGGUGCGUCCGCGGGAAUGGGUCGGCCGAGGCCAACCUGUUGUGCGCGAAAUCCCGAGUGGCUCCGCUGAAGAAGCUGUCCGUGCCGAACCUGGAGCUGUGUGCAGCGCUGUUGCUUGCGCGGCUCGUCGUGAAGGUCAUCGAAACGCUGGAUCUGGAGCUGUCGGCUAUCGAGCUGUACUCGGACAGCCAGAUUGUGCUCGCAUGGCUGAAGAAGGAUCCGAAUCUCCUGGAGACCUUCGUGCGCAACCGCGUCAUCCAGAUCCUCAACCUCACAGGUAAGUUCCGAUGGAAUUACGUGAGGUCAGCCGAUAAUCCGGCAGACAUCGUCUCUCGUGGGAUGAGACCCACACUCUUGAGUCGGUGUCCGAAGUGGUGGAAGGGGCUUCUACCGCUGACGAGCGCUGCCUACGUUCCUGAAGAACCCCCCGAACUCGAGGACGACGAGCUGCCAGGGCUGGUAGCCAUCGUCUACAAAGUCACCGUCGUCGAGGAGAUGCCGGUGUUCAAACGGUUCGGCGAGUUCCGGAAACUCCAGCGCGUGAUCUGCUACGUGCGCAGAUUCGUCCAGAACUGCAGGAACAAGAAGUCUGGACAACCAAGGACAACGUGCGCCUACGUGACAGUUCCUGAAACAAGAGCGGCGUUAAAGUCCAUCAUCUGGUCGAUUCAAAUGGCAGCCUUACCAGAUGAGUUUUAUCUAGCGAAGACCGAACAAACAUCCAGCCAGCUUGCGAGCCUGGCACCAAUCGUCGACGAGGACGGUCUGCUGAGAGUCGGCGGACGUCUGGAACAUUCGAGCCUCCCGUACGAGGCCAAGCAUCCCGUGAUCCUGCCCCGUCAUCACGUGACUACGUUGCUGGUUCGAGCGCUGCAUGUGGAGAACCUGCAUGUCGGCCCCUCCGGACUCCUGGCCAUCGUUCGACAGCAGUACUGGCCGCUGAAAGCGCGCAACGUAGUGCGCGACGUGACCCGCAAGUGCCUGCAGUGCUUCAAGGCCAACCCACGCAGGAUUGAACAGUUCAUGGGACAGCUUCCGGCGGAACGAGUGAACGUUGCCGCCCCCUUCGAGUACACCGGCGUGGACUACGCUGGACCUGUAACGGUGAAACAAGGCAAGUACAGACCCAAACUUACCAAAGCCUACAUCGCCGUGUUCGUUUGUCUGGUCACCAAGAACAUCCACCUGGAAUUGGUGUCAGACUUGACAACAGAGGCCUUCUUGGCCGCCCUGGAUCGCUUCGUCAACCGACGAGGCAUGGUGCGCAAGAUCUUUUCCGACAACGCGACGAAUUUCGUCGGGGCGUCACGAUCUUUGCGCGAAAUGCACGAGCUCUUCAAGCAGGACCUUCUGAAGCGCGGAAUCCAGGAUUUGCUCGUGCCCAAGGCCAUCGAGUGGAGCUUCAUCCCGCCCAGGGCUCCCAACUUUGGCGGAUUGUGGGAGGCGGGCGUGAAGAGCGUCAAGACACACCUGAAACGAACGCUGCAGAACGCGGUGCUUACCUUCGAAGAAUUUGCUACCAUCUUGACGCAUGUUGAAGCGGUCUUGAACUCUCGGCCGCUCUUCAGCUUGUCGGACAGCCCCGGAGAUCCUCUUCCGAUAACUCCGGCGCAUCUUCAACUCGGCAGGCCGCUGCGUCCUGUCGCCAAGCCCUCCCGCAGCGGUGUCGCAGACAACCGUCUGAACCGCUGGGAAUACCUGGACAAGCUUCGUGAGUGCUUCUGGGGCCGCUGGUCCAGAGAGUACUUAACGAGUCUGCAGAAUCGUGCGAAGUGGACCAAGAAAUCGCACAACCUGCAGCCCAGAAUGCUGGUCCUUCUCGUCGAGGACAACCUUCCGUCGCAGACCUGGAAGGUCGGCAUCAUCGUCGAGACUUACCCCGGAAUGGACGCGCUGGUGCGUGUCGUGGACGUGAAGACCGGUUCUGGAGCGGUCUUCAAACGGUCGGUUUCCAAACUGGCACCCUUGCCGACCGUGGACAACGACCGUCUUCUGGAGCGCUUCGGUACUUCGGAGUAG